UGUAGGUAACUCGACAUCCAGGUUUAAGCAUCAAUGAAGGUUGUCAAUGCGUUUUGGGGUGCGUGUCCACUGGAAAAACCCAAGAAUAUCCUACUGAGUCAAUGGAAGAAUGUCCAAGCUAUACCAAGGCGUCCCAAGAAAGGCUCUGUGGCAACAAUGAUGAAGAAGGAGAUGAGAAUUCAAAACAUCGUUUCGAUUGUAAAAUUAACCGAAACCGACUGGUGUCCAAACUAUUUUACCUGUUCUACUUCUCGGCUUUUGGAUCGCUGUGGCCCUAUCUAUCAUUGUACUUUAAACAGUUGUUUUUAUCACCAAGACAGCUGGGCAUCCUUGUGGCUGUUCGAUCUCUUGUACAAUUUGUUUUCACACCUGUUUGGGGAGCUCUGGCGGAUCGCUUCAAUAAAAGUAAAUUUGUUUUAUUAUUAGGAUUGUCAGCUUGGCUAUUGUCAACAUUUUCUCUGGCUAUAAUACCGAUAGGAGAAAGACCGAAAGCCUGCUAUGAGAUGAACUCUUUGUCUUUGUCAUUGUUCCAAAAUGCCUCUACGGGUAACACUAACUUCACAAGCUUAACACCACGAUCGCAUCGACUUAAGAAUUCCGUCGAUCAUCACCACACUUCAACGCGAUCCUACGAGUCUAUUUUUGGAUCCAGUAGAUUUCUUCCAUGGGCCUUAAGCUUUUUCUCGAGUGGAUAUGAGCCUGAGAAAUCGACAAAACUCAAAGAAGAUACGUUUCCAGACCUAAAAUACUAUCCCUCCCCUGAGAAAAUCUCCGAUUCUUCUCGGCUGUUCAUUUUUAUGGUUUGCGUUAUAGUAUUUGGACAGAUUUUUGCGUCACCAACACAAUGCUUGGCGGAUACAGCCACGCUGCAGAUUCUUGCGGAGGACAGCCAUGAAUAUGGAAAGCAAGCUUUUUGGGGAUCAGUCGGUUAUGGAAUGACCGCAUUUAUCGUUGGCACGUCUAUAAGUGGACCGAAAACCCUUAAUCCUUGUAGCCAGGAAAUGGACAUCAACUAUAUUCCUUGCUUCUAUGUGUUUGCUUUCUUCAUGGUGGCUGCAUUGAUUGUAGCAAGUCGGUUUAACUUUAAACCUGUCGAUCACUCACAAUGUAAAGAAACUGCAAUAGGUGGACUAAAAGUGCUUAAAAACUUCGACUAUGCCUUUUUUCUAUUCAUUGUAUUUUUUUGUGGCACAGCUUUUGGUUUUAUACAAACAUUUCUCUUCUGGCAUCUUCGUGAAUUAGGCGGGCAACAGAUGUUGUUUGGGUUGAUAAUUCUGGCAAACAGCACAGCAGAAGUGGUAGUGUAUCUUUUAUCAGAGCGUCUUCUUCGGAACAUCGGGCACUUCAGGGUGAUGUACUUGGGACUUCUGUGCUACGCUCUGCGAUUCUUUUACUACUCAUAUUGUAGCAGACCUUGGCUUUUUUUACCUAUAGAACUUAUUCAAGGAAUAACAACAGCCGCUGUUUGGUCUUCGUUUGUGUCCCAUGUUGGUGCAGAGCCCGGUGUGGCAACGACACUCCAAGGGCUCGUUAACGGCUUUUACACUGGUUUAGGUUACGCCAGCGGCGGUCUUCUGGGAGGAGUUAUGGUUCACGAAUUUGGUACCAGGACAGCUUUUCUCGUUUUUGGAGAGUUAAGUUUGAUAGUUCUUUUUGUUUUUAUUAUAGUAAAUAAUGUUCGCCAAACAGAAAAGAAAAAUGAAAUUCAUUUCAAAACUUUUAGCCAAGCAGAUGAGUUUGAACAAUAGAUUAGCAAUGUUAUGCAUGGGAGAAACAGAUACAAUAAAUUUCUAAUUGCCAAAAACAGGUUGUUAAAUUGUUUUCGCACAAAAUCAUUGUUCUCGAUCAAUGAUUCAAAUAAAUCUUACGCCUUAAAAAGUAGAUAGAAAAAAGUUAUUUUCCUUUUGAGUUUUUCUAAUAUACUGGGAAAAAGUCAAUUACUUGAAGUGAUGUAUCAUUUGUAUCGUUAUCCCUCGUUUUCCUAGUAGUUUACGAGAGAUGAA